GACGUGACCAUUGGAGGCAUGGUUAGAAAAAGCUAACAUAAUAGUUGGGGCAAUAUCGAAUUUAUUCUUACUUGUGGAGCUUUUUAUUCUAAUUUUUAAUCAUAUAUUGCUAAAAUGAAUCAACCACGAAGAAAGUAAUUUGCCAAAAAAAGAAGUGAUUUACAUCCGAUACAAAUGGAAGAUUACACAUAAAGAUAAAUAAUAUAUGGACCUUUCAUGUGUCGAUUCUGGAAGCAUCUCCUCGUGUCUUCUCAUGUGUCCCGAAGCUACGAAGGCUUUUUGUCCAAGUUAAAAAAAAAAUUCACAAAACGGUAAUAAAAGAUUUGAAUUUAUUUCUUUAUAAGGAAGGUUAUCCUCUCGAAUAAUUUCACAAUCAUCUUUUCUUUCUUCUUUUUCUUCCUCAUCAGCCAUUAUUAUUAUAAUCCAAGCUCUGUUUCUUUUAAAGCUCUGUUCAUAAUAAAAAGAGGAGGCCCUAAAUUUGGAUUCUAAUUUUGGACGACAAAACAAUUGUUUUUGUCCAAAAACAAAUUUGUGAACCCUUAGUGUAAUAACAAUCAUCAUCGUCAGUUUCUUAAAAAAAAACAAUCAUCAUCGUCAUCGUUAUCGUUAAUGGCGGUGGAAACAAUGUCCAUGGGAACAGAUCAUUCAUCAGCUUUGAUUCUAACGUCGGGAGCAAGCGGUCGCGUUAGGGCUCUCUUCUCCAUGAGAGAGCUCAAGCGCCUCUUUACCAUCAUCCACUCGCUCAUUCUCUUCCUCCUCCUCCCGUUUCGCUUCGUCCUUUGGCAGGGGAAGAUGGGAGCGGUGGUGAUCAGAGACGAGAAACAGGAGAGGAAGGUGCGAGCCGCGCCGCAGAUCUUGGUCAAGAAAAGGAACAUGAUCAGCGUCUCGCCUCCUUCGGUUCCAGCUGCGGUGGUUGAUGAGGAGGUUGCCGUUAGAAGGGAGCUUGCGAUAAGGCGAGUUUUGGAAGAUGAAGGCGGAGAUGGAAGCUACGACAGAGAUUAUUCGCUUUUCACGACGAAGAGAGGCGACACGUUGUUUACUCAGUCAUGGUCACCUCUUUCCCUUAAUCACAGGGGACUUGUUGUUCUGCUACAUGGCUUAAAUGAGCAUAGUGGAAGGUAUAAUGAUUUUGCAAAGCAGCUAAAUGCUAAUGGGUUCAAGGUCUAUGGAAUCGAUUGGAUCGGUCAUGGUGGAAGUGAUGGACUUCAUGCUUAUGUUCCUUCCCUUGAUUUCGCUGUUGACGAUUUGAAAUCAUUUCUUGACAAGGUUCUCACAGAGAAUCCAGGACUCCCCUGUUUCUGCAUUGGACACUCAACAGGAGGAGCCAUCAUCCUCAAGGCUAUGCUGGAUCCAAAGAUCGAGUCUCAAGUUUCAGGCAUUGCAUUGACUUCACCAGCUGUUGGAGUCCAACCAUCUCAUCCAAUCUUCACAGUUCUUGCUCCAAUCGUUGCGUUCUUGUUGCCAAGGUACCAACUCAGUGCAGCAAACAAGGAAGGAGUGCAGGUUUCUCGUGAUCCACAAGCUCUUAUCACCAAAUACUCUGACCCUUUAGUCUUCACCGGAUCCAUCCGGGUUAGAACCGGCUACGAGAUCCUUAGAAUCGCUUCUCACUUGCAGCAAAACUUAAACAAAGUGAAAGUUCCUUUUCUUGUCAUGCACGGUACAGCAGAUACAGUGACUGAUCCCAAUGCCUCUAAGAGGCUCUACGAGGAAGCUUCUUCUUCAGACAAAUCGAUAAAACUCUUUAAAGGAUUGUUGCACGAUCUACUCUUCGAGCCUGAGAGAGAAGUUAUAGCUGGAGUCAUUUUAGAUUGGUUAAACCAAAGGGUUUAAGCUUCUUGGUUCAGACAAAAAGAAUAAUAUAUAUCGUGGAAAUUUCUGAGUAACUUGACUGAGAAACAUUUUAAGGAGUUCUUGGUCGAUUUAACAACUUGUUGGUUGAUUUUUCUCAACUCGUAAGGUAGCGAAAAGACAAGACUCAAGAAACUGGACUCUCUUGCUAGUUAUUGUAUCUCUCAGAACAAUUUGACGCUGGUAUAUUGUCAUAAAUCAUUAAUAAUUUUGUAACUUCGAGGAUGAUACUAUUUCUAUCUAACUACUACUGUCAUACUAGUUCUUAUAUGAAAUCUAUAUGAGAUUUUCUGAUUUUGAUU